AUGGAGACAUCUGCUAGUCUCGAGGACUUACCCAACGAGAUUCUUUCUCUCAUCUUCGCCUUCCUUCCCACCCACUGUCUCCUCCAUAUUCUUCGGGUCAAUAAGCGUUUCUUUACCUGUAUCAGGGCACUCUUCCACGUCCGGUUACGCCAUGCCUUGGCAGAGCCCGACUAUAGCAUGGUGCUCGAGUGCUACCCCGAGACCACGCGGCUCACUGCACCGACGUUGAUGUGCCACUACCUAGAAACCACGGGCGACACCAGGCGGGUGUCCACAGCCGACACCGUGUCUGGUGGCCCUCCAAUCGGUGAUCCCAGAAGGUGGCACUUGUGGUUCAAGCCAUACCUGGGGACCCCUCGCGUGCUGAGGGAGAAGUUGGAUGAUGCUGUUGAAGGGGGAAAGUACUCUAUGGAGGUGAACCUCGCGGAAAACGAAGAGUCCUCGCACCUCUUGACCCGUACGAUACUUAAACGGCGGCAGACUAAAGGGCUCUACCCCAGCCAUGUUACCGUCCACGAGGGUCGUCUUAAACUCAGUCGCGAGUGGCUGGCUGCGGCGUCUGCGCCCAUCCUAGAACAAGAUGGCGAUUACACUAUGCUCUGGACUGGCUCAUCGAAACACAUGGGGGUACGCCUUCAGGUGGCGCCGGCGGCAUCGGCGCGGAUGCCGCUGCUCAUCAGCGUAGACGAUAAGCCUCCUUUAGCCUACAAGCUCACUUUCAAAGGAGUCGCCGUUAACUCAAUACUCUUUCUCCUUGCCUAUGAGCAGUCGUGUAUCGAGUCUAUUGAUGUAUCAGGCAGGUCACUUACCAUUAUCCAUGUGCCAGCCUGA